AUGUACGACGAUCGAUCCCGGAACAAGAGGGACCAGGAUGCCUUUCUCAAGGACCCAUAUGCCUUCGGAAAGAAAUUGUUUCAACCAACCAACCAUGUCAAACCCACUUUCUCUGACACUACCUGCUUUGAGUACUUCCAACACACAUAUGCAGACCAGGAUCGUGCCACUUCGUACGAAUCCUGCCCCAGUGCAGGGAAGCCCCGGGAUUGCACCCACCCAGUCGAUGAGGGGACCCCUACAUGGACUGAAUUUCAGAAUGUUUUGAAGAAGUGUCGCAACACCUCUGCACCGGGUCCUGACAAGAUACCUUACAUAGUUUGGAAGCUUUGUCCCUCCCUUCAAUCCAUUCUUUUCACCAUCUUUGGGCGGGUUUGGGAGAGCAAGAUCAUUCCAAGGCAGUGGCAGGUAGCGUGUAUCACACUCCUGGCCAAGGGGGAGGUGUCUGAUGAUCCUUCGAAAUUCCGACCGAUUGCUCUAGCGAACACGUCCGGGAAGAUCUUUUUCACCUUAGUUGCAAAGCGCCUCUUGAAACAUAUGCUAGGCAAUAAGUUCUUCGAUGGUGACAACCAGAAAGGAUUUAUGCCUGCAAAGGCUGGGUGCUUAGAGCAUACAUCACUUUGUUAUGAGGCGAUGCGUGAUGCAAAGACGGCAAAACGCCAAAUUUGCAUUGCGUGGAUAGAUUUGAAGAAUGCAUUUGGUUCAGUGCGCCACAAUCUGAUACAGUAUGCUCUAACCCACUACAGCCUUCCUUUGCAAUUCAGGAAAUUAAUUUUUUCCUACUACGACAGUCUUUGCGCUUUCGUCGUACAACCACACACACCCACCUUUAAUUACAACAUUGGUGUUUUCCAGGGGUGCCCCUUGUCCCCGGUCCUUUUCAAUAUUUGUUUCCAGCUUCUGCUGGACUCACUUGCAGCCCCUGAAUUAAGUUGCCUCUCCUAUGAUUUUAAAUCUGCCCCUUUGCAAGUGUCCCAAACAGCUUUUGCUGAUGACUUAGGCCUCUAUAGCAAAUCUAGUGCAGGUUGUCAAAAACUCAUUGCGGUCACGGAGGACUUUCUCUCGUGGACCCAAUGUAUGCAGGCGGCGCCGCACAAAUGCAAAAGCAGUGCAGCAAAGCUUGUAGAUGGCCGGUACAAACCUUACGAUCCCUGCCUGACAAUGUCAGGGAGGAAGAUCGCUUUCAUUGACACUGCAGAGUUCAAGUUCCUGGGGCGAAGGCUGCAUGCUGAUUGCUCUGAGCAGACCCAGCGGGAAGACAUCCGUCAACUCACUGUAUCUCUCAUGCAAAAAGUAGAUGGCUCUUGGCUUCAAGACCACCACAAGCUAUGGCUUUACCACCAUCUUGUAGUGCCCAAGCUUUCUUGGUCUUUCCAGGUUCUUGAACUCACACAAGGUUUUGUACGUGAACUGCACUUUAUGUGUUUACCAUUUCUGAAGAAAUGGUCAGGCCUACCUCGAUGCGCAAACUCUGCCAUUCUUUUUAUUGGCAGUCGCAAACGCUUUGGCUUACGCCUCCACUACCUUCCUACGGUGUGGAAAAAGUGCCAGUCCAUCAAAUGGCACAUUCUUCGAUCGAGUGGGGACGCGCGCAUGAGGGCGCUGUACACUCUGCGUCGGAGUAAGGAUGCGAAGCUGACAAAGCGAUAUGCGGCGACAAUAGAGCUGGAGUGUGCAGAGGCAUCAGUAGGUUCAGGGACUCUCCGUCCACCGUCAUCUUCAAGUCAUCGUGCAGGGUUGGGUGCUCGUGCUCCGAAGCAGCAUUCCAAACCCCCGAGGAAGGAUCUCCUUCAAACAUUUGAGGAGAUCAACGCGCAGGAGCAGAUUUUGAGGCUGAAGACUCUUCAGGUGCAAGGCAAGUGGUUGGAGUGGACAUCAGUGAUGUGGCAGGACCUCUCGUGGAAAUCCCUUUUGUACGGUGGUACUGGUAAGGAUUUGAAAUUUCUUCUCGCAUCAACCCUCGACGUGCUACCUUCUCCGACGAACCUACGCCGUUGGGGAAACACCGUAGUGGAUCCGUACUGUAGUUUGUGCCGUACCUGGGCCUGUACUACGCGCCACGUGCUUGGCGCUUGUCGCGUAGCGCUGGACCAGGGACGUUACACCUGGAGGCACGACAACGUACUCGGGGUCAUCGUCAGGAACAUGCGUGAGGAGAUUCGAAUCCGCACUGCUGCAAACACCGUACAAACCGAAAAUUCAAAUGAGCUUGACUUCAUCUCGUUUUGCAAGGCGGGAGAGAAGCCAGUUCGCGUUCAGCCCAGACGAAAGUUGGUUACGACUGAUCUCCUGUCAGCGGCCUCAGACUGGAAACUUCUUGUCGACUCAGUUAGUGCAAAGAUUUCUUUCCCUAGCUGUGUUGCACUUACCACCCUAAGACCAGAUAUAGUUCUGUACUCUACGAGUCGUAGGAUUGUAUUCUGGAUGGAGUUGACAGUUUGUGCUGAGGACAGAUUCAGUGUCAGUAACUCGCGGAAGGACAGGCGGUAUGCGGAUCUGGCCGAUCAAUGCCGAGCAAACGGGUGGCAGGUCGUUUCUUUUUCGGUUGAGUAAGACGUCUCUGCGAAGCAGCUACAUCAUCUGGUUGCGGCGUCAACAAAAACACUGGUCGGAAGAUCCACUUUUCUGAG